AUGAUUUCCACGCAUUUUGCUAACUUGUCCACCUAUUUUGCAGAUGCCAAGUCUACAGUUCCAGUCGGCCUGACACAUCCGAGUCUCAUGCAUCCAACGCGAGAAGCAGAGCCUUUCGCAAUCUGCAUGCCACAAUCCCCACUCUUGACCGGCCGAAAGCCUGGCGCUUGUGUUGUGGGUAGAAGCGAGUUCGAUGAAUUCGGCCAAAUGACCUCGACCCGGCGGGACUCGGGUACAAAGCUCUCCAACAAGCAGGCGCUGGCUGGCGAGGAGAGACCGGAGACUGAGGCCGAGGCUGAUGACGAGGGCUACAGCCUGCCGCCCGGCGACCCCUUUGAGCUGGACGUCCGAGAGGGCUCCGAGUCCGACUGUCUCCUCGACGAGACCGAGCAGCAGAGCCCGACGCGCUCCUUCUGCAGCAACGAGGCGUCCAGCAGUCAGGGCGAAAGUGAGUCCGCCAGGGGAAAAAGAGACUGGCCAACUCGACGCGGAGGUUGA